UCUACCUCGACGGCUUGCUCCUGCAGCCUGCGUCACGCCGUGCGAUGCGUGCGGUGCCUCGGCUCUGCUGAUGGUGAGGGAGGGGGGGGGCAGUUGGAGGAUGGUGGGCCAGGGUACAGCGUCGCUCGGUCAGCUCCUCUUCUAGCUAGCCCACCGUCCGCUGCCUACAUUCAAAGCGAGGCUUUUUUUGUGUGUGCGGAGAUGAGAUAUAACCAUCUUGACAGCGGCAGCUGCUGCUAUUCUGUUGUUAUGAGGCGUUAAUAACAGCUGUCAUCGCUGGAGAAAAGAGCUCUUUCUCUUCUUUCGGUACGUCCAAGUGGAGACAGCGAGUACAAUGGCAGAGCCAGACGUUUGUCCUCACCUGGACUCAAUAGGAGAGGUCACCAAAGAGGACCUUCUCCAGAAAUCCAAGGGAACUUGCCAGUCAUGUGGAGCUGGAGGUCCCAACUUAUGGGCCUGUCUGCAGAGUGACUGUUCAUAUGUUGGUUGUGGAGAGUCCUACGCCGAUCACAGCACUCUGCAUGCACAGGCUAAAAAGCACAACCUGACAGUGAACCUAACAACCUUCAGGAUCUGGUGUUACGUGUGUGAGCGGGAGGUGUUUUUGGAUCAGAGGCCGGCGCUGGUCCCCGUUCCGGCUUCGUCCCACCACUGCAAAGCUGCAGAGCAGGAGGCUGCUGCCCAGUCAGCAGGUCACCCUCUGAAAGCAGUACCGAUUGCUGUUACGGAAGAAGAUGGCUCAGAAUCAGAGGAGGACGAGCUGAAGCCGAGAGGCUUGACAGGAAUGAAGAAUAUUGGAAACUCCUGCUACAUGAAUGCUGCCCUGCAGGCCCUGUCCAAUUGCCCUCCGCUCACGCAGUUUUUCCUGGACUGCAGCGGCUUGGUCCGGACCGACAAGAAACCGGCUCUGUGUAAGAGCUACCAGAAACUCAUCUCAGAGCUCUGGCACAAGAAACGGCCCAGUUACGUUGUUCCGACCAGCUUGUCCCAGGGCAUCAAACUGGUAAACCCCAUGUUUCGAGGUUAUGCUCAGCAGGUGAGCACGCAGCAAGACACCCAGGAGUUCCUGCGCUGUCUGAUGGACCAGUUGCACGAGGAGCUGAAGGAGCCGCUGACAGAGUGCAGCAUGAGCAGGGAGGGGAGCGACGUGGACGAGAGGCGGGACGGAGACCGCUCCCCUUCCGAAGACGAGUUCCUGUCCUGCGACUCCGGCUCCAGCAGUGACCGGGGAGAGGGUGGCGGCCUCGGGGAGGGCGAGCUCCUCCUGCAGGACGAGUGCGAUGGGUUUAGGUCCCCGUCUGCGGGGAUAGUGAUCUCGGAGAAGGAAAGGCUGAAGGAGAGGAGGGUGUCUGGCUCCCCCCUGCGGGGCGGCUCACAGGAGAUGGACGAAGACGCAGACGUUGACACGGCGGCGGAGGACGGGUCUCCCGAGAGGGGGGAGGAAGAGCCGCCUGCGCCGACCGCAAACGCUGACGUCCAGGAGGACAACCAGACAUCUACUGCAGCGCAGGUGCAAGUCCAGAGCAACAACACCUCAGAGCCAGACAACGAAGCAUCGAUGACCCAGCCGCAGUCCACCCCCUGCAGCCCUGUCCGAACCCUGCAAGAGCUGCAUCCCAAGCUGUCGUCCAGUCCGCCCCGCUCCAGCCCGCUCCGCUCCAGCCCGCUCCGCUCCGUAGGACCGCCGGCCUACUCCUUCAAGAAAGCUCAGCUGCUGCUCACCUCCAGGAAGAAGAAGCAGUCUCACUAUCGCAGCGUCAUCUCAGACAUCUUCGACGGCUCCAUCCUCUCCCUGGUGCAGUGUCUGACCUGCGACAGGGUGUCCACCACAGUGGAGACCUUCCAGGACCUCUCGCUCCCCAUCCCUGGGAAGGAGGACCUGGCCAAGCUCCACUCGUCCAUCCACCAGAACCUGCCGGUAAAGACCGGUGUGUGUCCCGACACCUACGGCUCGCAGGGCUGGAUCUCCUACAUCAUGGACUCCAUACGCCGAUUCGUGGUGUCCUGCAUCCCCACCUGGUUUUGGGGUCCCAUGGUAACGCUCGAGGACUGCCUCGCUGCCUUCUUUGCUGCUGAUGAGCUCAAAGGAGACAACAUGUACAGCUGUGAGAGAUGUAAAAAAUUGCGAAACGGUGUCAAAUACUGCAAAGUGCUGAAACUUCCAGAGAUCCUUUGCAUCCACCUGAAACGUUUCCGGCACGAAGUCAUGUAUUCAUUCAAGAUCAGCAGCCACGUGUCCUUCCCCCUGGAGGGCCUCGACAUGCAACCCUUCCUGGCCAAAGAGAGCCCGUCUCAAGUCACCACUUACGAUCUGCUGUCAGUCAUUUGCCACCAUGGCACCGCAGGAAGUGGGCAUUACAUAGCUUACUGUCAGAAUGUGAUCAACGGCCAGUGGUAUGAGUUUGAUGAUCAGUAUGUGACAGAGGUCCACGAGACGGUGGUGCAGAACGCCGAGGCCUAUGUGCUGUUCUAUCGGAAAAGCAGCGAGGAGUCGGUGCGAGAGAGGCAGAAGGUGGUGGCUCUGGCCAACAUGAAGGAGCCCUGCCUGCUGCAGUUUUACAUCUCCAGAGAAUGGCUGAACAAGUUCAACACUUUCGCCGAGCCCGGCCCCAUCAGCAAUCACACCUUUCUUUGUCAGCAUGGAGGGAUCCCGCCUAAUAAGUACCAGUACAUUGAUGAUGUGGUGGUGAUAGUUCCUCAGAAUGUGUGGGAAUAUCUUUACAACAGUUUCGGAGGCGGCCCCGCGGUCAACCACCUGUACAUGUGCACCAUCUGCCAGGUGGAGAUCGAAGCUCUGGCCAAGCGCAGGAAAACCGAAAUGGACACCUUUAUUAAGCUGAACAAGGAGUUCCAGGCUGAGGAGGCUCCGUCGGUGAUCCUGUGUAUCAGCAUGCAGUGGUUCAGAGAGUGGGAGAACUUUGUGAAGGGCAAAGACAACGAGCCACCUGGUCCCAUCGACAACAGUAAAAUCGGUGUUAUGAAAGGAGGACACAUACAGCUGAAGCAAGGUGCAGACUAUGGACAGAUCUCCGAGGAGACAUGGCAGUAUUUGUUGGGGAUAUACGGCGGAGGUCCUGAGAUUGCAGUGAGACAAACGGUGGUCCCAGCUGAUCCCGACAGCCUUCAUGGGGAGAGGAAGAUCGAAGCAGAAACGAGAGCACUCUGAGAUUCACGCAGGUCUGAUGAUAUCUUGCCACUUCUGCCCUCACAUGAAGAUGAGGAAUUUGCACGUUGGCGAAGAAGCAAUACAAGCACUUUGUAAAUGUAGCAACGUCUUAUUUUGAAGCUGCAAGAAGGUCAAAAUGGGGCCUAAACAUCACUGGUUUUAUCCAUCAGACCGCUCCGAAGCUCUGUGUUUGUGUCACAUCUCUGCAGCUGUUUUCGGUAGCCGUAUGCGUCGCCGUAGCGACUAGACGUCAUGUGCCGCAUCUAAACGGGCCGUGGCAGGCGAACGGCACCUGGCGUCACGAGCCAGAACGGCACUGUGAACGUUGCCGAUACGUGGGAGGAGGGCUCCUCUUUCACACUAGAAGCAAUUAAGAUCCAUUACCAAGCUUUCCGUUGUUUAGCUGUUUACUAAGUCACAUAGCAACAAGCAGACAGAAGCAACAGGUCUCAAGUGAAUGAAACGUCUGCAACCUCCAGCCUCAGCGUGCGCCAAGCCCUCAGGAAUGGAAACCUUUUCCUUUCUGUUUGUUUUGUUUUUUUUUGUUUUUUGGGCCAUGGGAAUGGCCAGAGCAGGUUUGUUUAUAACUGCAAAACAUGCAUGUGUGGGUUAUGCACAAUCACUUCUGGGCUCAAACUGCAUGCAGUUGUAAGAUUUUGCUGACUUGUUUUGCGCUUAAACGAUCCGUUUACAUGCUCAGAAAUACUCACAAGAAGACCUUGCUUUUGUAUAGUCAGUGCAAGCUCUGUCAGCAAACAGCCAUGGCGGGGGGGCAUGUAUAGAUGUGAAUGUUAACAUUUGAUAAGUCAAAGUAGAUGCGCAGGAGGGAAGCGUAUGUAUCUGAAGUGAUAAAGAGAAUCUUGUGCAAUAGAUUUGUGCUGUUAAAAGAUCAGUGUAAACUUGACCUUAUCAAGUGCUACUUGAGAUGCAUUUAGUUAAAAAUAAUCAUAUUUAUUAAGCAAAACAGUAUAUAUAGAGAUAAAUGUGAUUUAGAUAAAAGGGGUUACUGCUGUCAAACUUUUGAUGAACUUUUAUGUUUUUUAUCUGUAAUUUCUUAUCGUUGCUUAGCAGGAGUUUGAAGAUUCCAUAUCUAUCACGCUAUGUUGAUGUUUUCUCCCAGAAAAAAAAUGUGUCUCAUCACGUUUGAAAUUUGAAAUAUGAAGUCACACGUGUUUAGAAUAUGAUACAAAUUUUUAUUACAAAAUUUAGCCGCAAAACUUAAAAUACAAAUUUAAGCUGUUCACGUGUUGGGAAAUACACAUUUAUAGAAGUUCCCCAAAAUUUAGGGGAUGGGAGCAUGAAGCCAGGAAACCUUUCGAGCACAACUAACUGUUGCAUAUGUUUCUGUCUCAUUUUCACACAAAUAUGUGUGUCUUGCGAAACACACACUACUGGAGUAAUUGUUCAUGUUUAUUCAUCAUACAUGCACAGUCAUAUUCUGCAAGCUGAUACAUUUUGCGUAAUUUUGGUCAAUUCAAAACCAUGAGAGUGCAAUGAGUCGUGUCACAUUCAUUACAGAAAACAUUGUGGUUUGAACCAAUGGGGGGAUGUUGAUUUCACAAAGCAUUUUGUGUCACAAUCAUUGAUACUCGAUUUUGUUAAAUUUUUAUCGCAAUUAUGAAAAAUCUGCUAUAUCAUAUAUAUACUCUUCAAAUUUUUUAUUUUUAAGAGUACUAUUUUAUUUGGUGUGUGAUGUUUGAAUUCUCAGCAGUCACCCCCCAGCUGAUAAAUUGCUGCCUGUAGUUAAUUCCCUAAGUCUGAAGAAAAAUUGGUUAUAUUGUAAAACAGAAAUGACUUUUUUCCAGAGACAACAACUAGUUGCCUCUGGGAAAAAUGACUAAGCUAUGCUUGUUACUUUAGGAUGUUUUUUAGUUAGCUAGCACCCUGUAACAAACCUGCAGUAGUUCUAAAGCUCACAAAAUAAAAAUUUAAACCUUUUGCUUAUUUUUAUUUCUUUGAAAAAAAUAGUUGUAUGCAAACUAAGUAAAUAAAAAAAGAGUACAUGUUUUGCUUACCCAGGCUUGCUAAUAUUCCAGACUUUGGCCGCAGUUUCAAAAUGGAGUUGCUUUUUGGUUACAGUCUGGAAAAUAAACUUCAGACUUCUGUAGCAGGGUUGACUUCUUGGAUACAAUCUGAUAAAUACUCUUCUGGCAUUUAGAUGUGUUAAUUCAAGAGAGUUCACCUAGCUAACUCUUCAGACAAGGCAUUGAAAUACAAGCAUAACUUGCGGUCAUAAAAUCAAUUUAAUAUACAUGUACAUACAGCUUGUAGAUGUAUUUGUAUGUGAGCAGCACAGAUGUAACUCCUAAUGGUUAAGGUUAGAAAAAUCGCUUGGAGUAAAUAAGGAAAAUCAAAUUUAUUCACUUUAUUUUAAUGUUUUUAAGCACAGUAUUUUAUGAUUCCCACCAGGUUUUUUUUUGAAGGUGUGUUCUAUUUGAAUUUGCAAGUUUCACUUUCUACAAAAAUUUGAUUUGUAAAAUGCUUUCCCACAACAAAAAGUAUCUCCCCUCCUGUUUUCUGACCUUUUGUUCACGGAUCUUUUCCAUGGAUAGCAGCCCAAAACAUCUUCAGAGAGAAAAAAAAUAAGAGCUUGGGACCAUGACAAAAAAGUUUAAUAGAUUUUUAUAGAAAUGCUUUUCAUUUCAUCGGUGGCUUAUAAAACGGAAAACUUUACUAUGUAUAUUUAACAUUUUAGCUCACAGUAAGCCAUGUCUCCGUUUUGUUGUUAAAUUAUGAAUCAGUUUUAAAAGAAAAAAAAAAAUGUCUCUAACGUUGUCUAUUUUGUUCAUUGAACUAGUUUCUCUUUUCAUACAGUUCCAGAUUUUAUGUACAGGAAAUGCUAAUAUUGUGGCAAUAUGUUUUCUAUAGAUGUGGGGAAGAAUGUGCAAUCAAACAAACGAAAAACAACUACAGUGCAAUCUUAGCUGUAUCGCAGAGAUGCUAGGACGAGUGAGUAGCUUGAACAGCUGAGAGUUCAAACAGCCUGGCGGUGUGACUUGUUAUAAUGCAGUGUUAGGGAAUUUCUUGUAGUAAUUAUUACAUUAACCCCACCCUGUAAGUGCUCAUGUUACGGCACGUAUAUGCGUGUAAGACUUCAGUCAACUGGAAAAAAACAAGCAUUGCUGUGGUUGGAAAGUAUUCAUAGGUGUCACGACACACAGCGAGAUUUCACUGGGUCAUGUUUCCUAGUCGUUAGCCGUGUGUGGCUCUUGUGGCUAUGGUGAUCCUACCACAGUUCAAAGGGAUGUUUAAAUGUCUGUAUAACUGAUGUAAUUACUAUGAUUGGUUUAAUAAUUAAAAUUUCCUGCUUUUGGAUUGGA